AUGAUACUCGUUGGUGUCCAUCUGAAAACUGUUAACCGCUCCUUCAAGCCCAUCCAAAUACAAAGGUUAUACCAACCCAAUAAAUACACAGAAACUGUUACCCAUUUUAAGUAAGGCCUGCUUUUACUCAGUCUUAGUUGUUUACUGUUUACCAUUUGAUCAACAUCAGUUUUCAAUAACUCAUUCAAUUAACUGUGAUCCAAUGUAAUUAAUCUGUUGACUGAUUUUUAUUCAAUUGUCCAUCAAAUUGUUUGUUAAAUUAAUUCAAAAUCAAAGCAAAGCCAUUUACAUGUCCAUUGAGAUUGGUUUUUUAUUUUUUCAAAUGUUUCAUCUUCACUUUGUAACUGUAUUUAUCUCGAGUUGAAACAUUGAUUAACCUUCGAACUGACCAAAGGACAGCAAGUUUGAAUAAAUUUGAAGGUUUGAAACACUGGUCAACAAAAGCCUUUGAAGUGGUUAAAGGUUGCCAUACAAGUCCAUCUCUUUGGAAAUCAAAAUGUCAUUUUCAUGCCAAUUGCUCAUCUUCAUUGCCAAUUUAUUAUCACUCACCUUGUCUACCUCAGGCCAAUCUUCACUUCCUUGUCCAGAUGAAGGAUUCUUCACAAAUCCACAAGACUGCUCGUCAUUUUAUCGUUGUGUUGAUCAAGGAACAAGCGAUUAUGCAGUUUAUCAAUUCAGUUGUCCGGCUGGACUUGUUUUCGAUGAAGACUUAAGUGUCUGUAAUUGGCCUUAUGCUGUUAAAAAUGGAUGUAAACCUGGUUCAGCUCCACCAUCAGCAUCUUCAUCUCGAACUGGUCGUAAUCGCAUGGAUGAAAAUGAGAAUGGCAUAAGUGGUGGUUCGAGUGCCGAUAAAACAAAAAGAAAAUCGAAACGUCCUCAAUGUACCAGUGAAGGUUUCUUCCGUGAUCCAGCCAAUUGCAAACGAUUUUAUCGAUGUGUGCCUGAUGAUAAAGGAAAUUUCCUUCAGUAUAAAUUCGUUUGUCCCGGAGGUUUAGCUUUUGAUGAGAGAACCUCAGUCUGUAACUGGCCUAAUCAAGUUCCUGGUUGUGGUGGACCAGAUGAACAAGAUCAACCUCCUUCAUCAGUAGAUACUCAACCAGACAACCAAGAUGCACCAGGAGAUGAUCAAGAUCAACCUGGUUAUCCAAAUGAGAGUGAACCUAAACCACCGAGUAAACCCUCAUCAUAUCCACCUCCACCUGGUAAACGUCGACCACCUCAAGCUAAAUCAACAACCGCAAAACCUAAAGCAAAACCUAAAACACCAUCAGCUCCUAGUCCAAGACGCCGAUUGUCGCCUUCAAGUACCACAACUCCCAAACCUGUGAACCCUGAAGACGAAGAUGAGGACAAACCAGAAGAGGAAAAACCAAUUCAACCCAAGAAGGAUGAUUCGCCAUCAAAGAAACGACCAACUAAACCUUCAUCUAAACAGCAACCUCCUAAAGAGCGUCCACCAGUCAAAGGGGCUAAAGAAGCAACUACUAAAGCCCCAGUUUCGAAAGGUAAGGAUAAACAAGCUUCGACGACAACAACAACAAGCACAACAGCAAAGCCACCCUCAGAAAAGGGAACUCGACCUACCAAAAAGCCUGAAAGUAAAUCAACGCCAUCAACAGGGACGAAAGAUAAGACAACGAAGAAACCAGCCGUUAAGGCAACGCCAAAAAGUACAACUACGACAAUGGCCACUACAACCACAACCACAACCACAACCACAACCCCAACUACAACAACUCAGGAACCAACUUCAACGACACCUGAAUCAACGAGUACAACAAAAAUAAGCUCUGAAAAGGGAAGUAGACCAACAGCAAAACCAGAAAGCCAAGUAACUGAGAAGCCGUUAGGCGACAAGAAACCAACUACGACUAAAAAACCAGAAAAUACUACCGAUGAGUCUCAGUCAACAACCGAAUCUCCUUCAUCCACUAAAGAAUCAAGUUCUGAACCGACAUCCAGUCAAAGUACUGAAGAGACGUCGGAGCCAUCAGAAAGUUCAUCGACUACGACAACAACAAAGCCUUCUGUAGGAGAGUCGAUGACUCCAAGCUCAACUACGGCUUCAAGUCAACAAGAAACUGAAGAACCGAGCUCUGUAACAACGGAAUCUUCAUCAACCCCGACAACACCUAAACAAAGUUCAACCUCAGAAUCGUCAUCAAUGAUGACUGAAAGUCAAGAAAAAGAAGAGUCAAGUACCGAAGGCUCAUCAUCUACAACUCCAAGUGAGCAGGAAAAGGAAGAGAAACCAGAGAAAGAAGCAGAACAAGAAAAGGAGAAAGAGGAUGAUAAAAAAGGCGAAGAACAAAAGAAAGAUGAUGAAGAUGAUAAAAAGGAUGAAGGUGAGAAAAAAGAUGGAAAAGAGGAACAGAAAGAGGAACCAGAGGAUAAAAAGAAGGAUGAUGAAAAGGACGGAGAACAAAAAGAGGAAGAACAAGAACAAGAUAAAGAAGAUGAAAAACCGAAGAAAGAGACGGAUGACAAAACGGAUAGCGAUAAAGAUGAGGGACAAAAAACGGAAGAUUCCAAGGUCUCAACACCGACAGAACAAUCGACAAAAGCUGAAGUUUCGUCAACGACAACUCCAGCUACAACAAAAGAGCCCGAACCAAGUUCAACUACCGAAACAAGUGAAUCGAUGAACAUGACAUCAACUGUUCAGCCAUCAUCCACGACUCCAUCAGAAUCUGGCCAAAAGUCGGAUGAAGAGGAUGAAAAAUCAGACGAAGAUGAGCAGAAAGAAUUGUCAAGCACAACAAAAAAACAAGAUGCCACAUCAAAAACAACCACAGCCAAACCAUCGCCAUCUUCAACAAUGGCACCUGAAGAUGAAGGACAAAGUACUGAAGGUUCUCAACAGCCUGAAGAAAACUCAAAGCCUCAAGCUAAACCAACUACUGCAGAGCCAUCAACGACCUCGCCAACCACAACAACAACGGCUCCUGACGAGUCUAAAAAGGUAGAUGAAUGCCUAUCACCAUCAACGCCAAAAGGUCCAUUUGAAUGUAAAAAUAUUGGUUUCUUUAGAGAUCCAAAAGAUUGUAAUAAAUUCCAUCGAUGUACUCCAAUCGAGGGUAAACCUGGUAUGACCAAAUACUCGUUCAAAUGUCCAGAUGGACUAGUAUUUGAUGAAUCCGUCUCAACUUGUACUUCUCCUGAAGAUGCUAGUUCACCAUGUAAUACGAUGAAGGAGACUGAUGACAAAGAAGACGAACAGAAACCAGAUGAUAAGGAGAAAUCAGAAGAUGAAAUGGAAGGAGAACAACCUGCUGUAGAUGUACCUCCACCAAAACAGACACCAACCAAAGGAGGAGCAGCUCGUGGAAAACCAGCGCCAAAUAAAUCGAAACAACCUGAAAAGCCAAAGAAAAAUGAACCUAAAAAUAAGGAAAGUCAAAAACCAGAAAGUAAAGGUGACAACACUGAAGAGCAAUCAGAAGAUGAGAAUAAAGAGGGCGACGGUGAAGGCCAAAUUCAAGCUAAGGGUAAACCACCCAAGGUGAAGCCAACAGUUGAUGAAUCUCAAUCAAGUGGUGAAGAAGGUGUUGAUCCAAAAGGAUCACCAUCGCCUAAAUCAAGCGAAUCAUCUCCUCAAGGAAAUUGUCAGUCAGAGGGAUUUUACCGUAAUCCAUCAAAUUGCCACAAGUUUUAUCGAUGCGUUAACUUUGGUAGUUACCUUCAGAAAUUUGAUUUCGAUUGUCCAGCAGGAUUGGUGUUUGAUGAACGAAUCUCUGUUUGCAAUUGGCCUUAUGCUGCUCCUCCAUGUGAUAAAAAAAGCUCGGACGAGCCUUCAACAGAAUCUAAAGAUGAUGAUCAAGCUAAACCAUCUGAAGGUGAUGAUCCAUCUGAUAGAAGUGGCAAAUCUCAAUCUCCACAAUCACAUCCAGACAAAUUAACCUCUGAUCCUGAAGAAGAAACCAAUUUGUACAAUUGUGAACAAGAAGGAACUAAUCAGUUUGAGAUUGAUUGUGAUAAAUUUUAUCUCUGUAAAUCGUCCUCAAGUGGUAAUCUAAUUGGUUCACUCGUACAGUGUCCGACCAAUCACUUCUUUGAUCAAAUUGCUCAAGCUUGUAUUCCUCAACCGACUUCAUUUGUUUGCUCCCGACGUCCAUUGAAUCCUUUGCUCUUUAAUGUUCCUGAUAUUACCAAGUUAAUCAAACAAGCUCCAGAUGAUUAUAUUCGUGAUUGGAUACCCGUUCAAGAUGAUGAUGAUUCAGAAUAAAAAUACGAAACGAAACUGGAUCUCUCAAGAUAACUGAAAGUGAUCGAUUCCGAAUUAACGAAAUAACGAAAUAAACCAAAUACCAGCGAUUUGGUUUCAUUUCAUUCCUAAAUACUCUUCAUUCCAAGUGCAAUCUUUUAAUACUAAUUACUAAUUUCAAAAUCAAUUUACUUAAGAUUGAUUGGCUUUGUCAUAAGAUGUUGCAUUUUCAUUUUGUUUACUUAAACAAUUGAAUUGUACUGAAUAGAUUGAAUCAAGAAUUCAUCUCUAUUUAUAUAAAUGUAAAGAGAUAAUGUGUUUCUAAUUAAUAAACGAUUCCUCUAAUGAUAGGAAAAACUCAAAA